AUGAUUUUUUUUUGUAUACCAAUUAUAAAUAUGAAAACCUCCCAACCCACAUCCGAUCAAUUAAUCCUUUACUGCUGCAUGGAAAACGACUGUGGAAAAACUUUCAUUACUAAAUUCAAUCUCAAGAGACAUUGUGCAUCAGUUCACUUGAAGACGAAAAAUUUCAAAUGCAAUUAUUGUCAUAAAUUCUUUUCAAGUAAACAAAAUCUGGAUGAGCACAUUUUCAUCCAUACAGGCGAGAGACCUUUCACGUGUGAAAUUUGUCAGAUUUCUUUCCGUCAAAUAAGCCAACUUUCCUUGCACAAGCGAAACCAUUCGAAAGUUUUCAUCAAAAAUAACGUCAAGAAUGUUACUAAUCCGAUGGCUACAGUAGAUAAAAAUUCAUUUAAUAUUCAAGAAGCAUCAAUGGAAAUAGAGGAGCAUAAAGCUGUUUCCACAAUAUCUAGCAUAAAUCUGCCUCUGUUAAAUAGUAAUAGAGUCAGUGGCGAUGCUGUUUUGCCAGCUUUUUUAGAGAUUAUUGGAGAAUAUAAGUAA